UGCGCCCCGCCCUCCGCUCCUCUCCAAGCGUUCGUCGCCCUCCCCGCGCCUGUAUCGCCGCCAGCACGCAAAAUUAGACCGCUGCCGCCUGCUUACAGUAUAGACGCACCCGAUGCACGUCGGAUAAAUGGAAGACGGCCCUGCUACAAUUCGCCCGCACCGAUGCCGCGGGCUGACGCCGCGCGCUCGUCCGCAAAUCCCGCCCCAGAUUGGCCAUUGCACCACCGUGUAUUGCGUGGGCCAUCCUCGCUCGCCGCGCACUACUGAACCUGGGACACGGUUGCCAGUACCGCCCCCCCAGGCCACACGUGGUCGCGGCUAUCCGCUGCGGCUCGGAGCCCGCUGUCGCGAGCAACCGCAUGACGAUGCCGAUACGAAUGCGACACCGGAGAGGCUGUGUCUGCUCUGCCGAAGCCUUUCGCCCGGUGCCAGCCCAGCCAGACUGGCCUCCACUGCUUCUGUCUUUGCAACAGUCAGCGACAUCUCACAUCUCAUUACCCAAGCGACCGUUUCGGGCCUGUAAUAUCGAAAUGCAGUGUAAGCGUGCUGCACUGGGUCCACCGUAGGGCAGCUGCUCUGGCCAUCUAACGAUCCAGUCAACCCUGCACCUAGACCACCUCCAGGGUGCUUUGAUGCAUCCCACUCGAGUCCAAGCGCUUCCAAGCGCUUUCAAUCUGAAGAAAACGAUAACAGCCACCAGGUACACGUACAGACUUCAUACAUCUUCCGGUAAGCGAUGCGGCGCAGGCGCUCUGGCCGUGGUCUGCGGGUC